AUGACACCUCUGAUGAUGAUGAUGUAUUAUUUAGAUGUAGAUCCUCAAUGCCUAAUUGAAGGGUUUUUAGGCACUUAUGUGACGUCUCAACCAUCUGACACAUUAAACAUCUCAGACAAGUCUGUUGACUUCCUCAAAGGCCUGCUGUUCACACGCAUCAUGCCCUCAUUCUACAUCAUCGUCAUCCUCAUUAGUUUGCCCCUGAACGCUUUGGCCUUCGUAGCAUUCACAUGUAGGAUUCGAGAGAAGAAACCAGCUGUGAUCUACAUGUCUCAUCUGGCGUGUGUGGACCUGCUCUUCACCCUGCUGCUGCCUCUGAAGAUCCACUACCAGCUGAACGCUUCAGAUUGGGUGUUCGGUGAGGCGGCGUGUCGUGUGCUCAGUGCAGCUUACUACUGCUACAUGUACUGCUCCAUACUGCUGAUGAUGUGCAUGAGUGUGGACAGGCUGCUGGCCGUGGUGUAUCCCGUCGCCUCUCUGACCUGGAGGAGCACAAGAAAAGCCACAUGUGUGUGUGUGUUGGUCUGGCUGCUGGCACUCGCUGGUACGGUGCCGCUUCUCUUAGUGAGACAAACAUUCAAGAUAAAUGAUGUGGGCAUCACCUGCCAUGACGUACUACGCCAAAAUGACCCUACAGUAGUGUUUUAUGUGUAUUUGUUCUCCAUCCUUUCCUGCCUCUAUUUCUUCUUGCCUCUGAUCGUCACCUUGGUGAGCUACUCCACCCUCAUAUAUGCACUUAGUGCAAAAUCUGAUCGCUUAACAACGUCCUCUUCAUCUUCAGACAACCGAAGGAGAGCUGUGACUAUGGCUAUAGCUGUGCUGAUUGAGUUUGUGGUGUGCUUUGCACCAACAAAUGGCAUCUUGUUGCACCACUGUGUUCGUUUAGCUAUUGGAGACUACCGCAAAGAAGAUUCAUCAUAUGCAGCUUACCUGCUGGCUGUGUGCUUGGGGAGCGCAAGUGUUUUUCUGGAUCCUCUGCUGUACUACUAUGGCUCGUCUCAAUGCAGAAAGAAGAUCAGCUCUUUGUUUUGGUGCAUUAAAGCAAAAAAGAGAGCAAAAAUGAGUAUAUCUCUCUGA